ACCAGGUGCCACGAGUGGGACCCAGAGAGCCAGCCCUCUCGCGUCCCGGCCGACGGAUGGACGUAGUCCCCUCAAACUCUUACUAUCACUUCCAGGAGGAGCCUUGAGGCAGCAUCACUCUAGUGCUACAUAUCUCAACAGAGAGGAAGGCAGUAUAUAUGGUGUGUGUGUGUGUGUUCGCCGCAGUUUCACGACAGAUUGGUGAAUUAUGUGUUAUAGAAGGAGGGAUUACUAGCUACUUCGAGUCGGAAUGAAGCAAUUCUUCGAGCAGUACAGAGGCACUACUUCUGCCUGUACUGAGGCACUACUUCUGCCUGUACUGAGGCACUACUUCUGCCUGUACUGAGGCACUACUUCUGCCUGUACUGAGGCACUACUUCUGCCUGUACUGAGGCACUACUUCUGCCUGUAGUGAGGCACUACUUCGACCUGUACUGAGGCACUACUUCGACCUGUACAGAGGCACUACUUCGACCUGUACUGAGGCAUUACUUCGACCUGUACAGAGGCACUACGUCGACCUGUACAGAGACAUUACUUCGACCUGUACAGAGACAUUACUUCGACAUGUACAGCGGCACUACCUCGACCUGUACUGAGGCUCUACUUCGACCUGUACAGAGGCAUUACCUCGACCUGCACAGAGACAUUACUUCGACCUGUACAGCGGCACUACCUCGACCUGUACAGAGGCUCUACUUCGACCUGUACAGAGGCACUACUUCGACCUGUACAGAGGCUCUACUUCGACCUGUACUGAGGCAUUACUUCGACCUGUACUGAGGCAUUACCUCGACCUGUACUGAGGCAUUACUUCGACCUGUACUGAGGCAUUACCUCGACCUGUACUGAGGCAUUACCUCGACCUGUACUGAGGCAUUACUUCGACCUGUACUGAGGCAUUACUUCUGCCUGUACUGAGGCAUUACUUCGACCUGUACUGAGGCAUUACUUCGAGCUGUACAGAGGCAUUACUUCGACCUGUACUGAGGCAUUACUUCGACCUGUACUGAGGCACUACUUCGACCUGUACUGAGGCAUUACUUCGACCUGUACUGAGGCAUUACUUCGACCUGUACUAAGGCAUUACUUCGACCUGUACUGAGGCAUUACUUCGACCUGUACUGAGGCAUUACCUCGACCUGUACUGAGGCAUUACUUCGACCUGUACUAAGGCAUUACUUCGACCUGUACUGAGGCAUUACUUCGACCUGUACUGAGGCAUUACUUCGACCUGUACUGAGGCACUACUUCGACCUGUACUGAGGCAUUACUUCGACCUGUACUGAGGCAUUACUUCGACCUGUACUGAGGCAUUACUUCGACCUGUACUAAGGCAUUACUUCGACCUGUACUGAGGCAUUACUUCGACCUGUACUGAGGCAUUACCUCGACCUGUACUGAGGCAUUACUUCGACCUGUACUAAGGUAUUACUUCGACCUGUACAGAGGCACUACUUCGAGCUGUACAGAGGCUCUACUUCGAGCAGUACUGAGGCAAAAUUUCAAGCAGUUCUGAGGCACAACUUCGAGCAGUUCUAAGGCACAACUUCAAGCAGUUCUGAGGCACAACUUUGAGCAAUACUGAGGCAAAACUUCAAGCAGUUCCGAGGCACAGCUUCGAGCAGUUCUGAGGCACAACUUCAAGCAGUUCUGAGGCACAACUUCAAGCAGUUCUGAGGCACAACUUCAAGCAGUUCUGAGGCACUGCUUCAACAAUACUGAGGCAUAACUUCAAGCAGUUCUGAGGCACUGCUUCGACAAUACUGAGGCAUAACUUCGAGCAGUAUUGAGGCAAAACUUCAAGCAGUUCUGAGGCACUGCUUCGACAAUACUGAGGCAUAACUUCGAGUAGUAUUGAGGCAAAACUUCAAGCAGUUCUGAGGCAUAACUUCAAGCAGUUCUGAGGCACUGCUUCGACAAUACUGAGGCAUAACUUCAAGCAGUUCUGAGGCACUGCUUCGACAAUACUGAGGCAUAACUUCAAGCAGUUCUGAGGCACUGCUUCGAGCAAUACUGAGGCACAACUUCAAGCAGUUCUGAGGCACUGCUUCGAGCAAUACUGAGGUAUAACUUCAAGCAGUUCUGAGGCACUGCUUCGAGCAAUACUGAGGCAUAACUUCAAGCAGUUCUGAGGCACAGCUUCGAGCAGUUCUGAGACACAACUUCGAACAAUACUGAGGCACUACCUCGAGCGGUAAUGAAGCACUCACAUGAGCGGUACUGAAGCAGGUACCUGCUAUUAUACUUCAUCGAACUUUAUUUAGGUGACAGACAAGCACUGAAAAGACCCUAAUAUUCAGAGACAUACAUACCCAUACAUACAUAUACAUAACCCCCCCCCCCACACACACACAUACAUAUCACAAACAGACGGCAGUAACCGACGCACACACACACACACAUAUACCAGGCACAAGUUCUUUCAUAUACAUACAUAACUAACGUCCAUUAUACGGUAGUUAAACACACAUAAAUACACACACUUACAUACACACUAUCCCCCCCCCUCCCACACACACAUACACACAUACGGCAUCACAGGCGGUACUCAUCCCUGGCCAGGUGUGUGCAGGCUAGUCAAGGGUGAGAGCCAUGGGCUAGCCAGGCUACACCAGCCAGGUGUGUAGCUGCACACCUGAUCCCUGCAGCAGGUCUGUGUCCUGCCCUCAGCGCCCCGUCCGGAGAUAACUUAGAGAGGGCGCGAUGGUGGUCGGUGGCGGGAAGGAGAUGGGAGGAGCUGUUGACGUGGCCACAUCAGUCUACGCCAGCCGGGAGGCCGUGAGCGACGCCCCAGGACUGGAGGCGGCCCUGUCCGCCAACAGCACCAACAUCUCCGCUGCCUGCUGUGGCGGCGCCCCCGGCGUUGACCUGGACAAGUUCGCCUCCCGCUUGAUGUGGUACGAAGACUUCAUCGUUGGGUCCUUCCUCGUCUUUGUCGGGGUUCUCUCCGUGCUGGGCAACGUGUCGACGGUACUGAUGUUCCGGCAGCGCCUCCGUCAGCUGACCCCGGCCGAGGUGCUCCUGCUCAACCUGGCACUCAUGCACCUCUUCCUGGCCCUCUGCAGCUACCCGGCACCUAUGGUCUCCAGCUUCGCCCACAGGUGGCUCUUUGGGGACAUCGGGUGCGAGGUGUACGGCUUCGUGUGCUACCUGCUGGGGAUCGCCACCAUCACCUCCAUGGCCGCCCUGGCCGUCGUCAGGUACCUGAAGACCUGCUCCCUCGCCUACGGCAGGCGACUGACGUCCGAGCACAUGAAGGUGGUGCUGGUGGGGGUGUACAUGUACUCAGUGUUCUGGGCGGUACUCCCACUCUUCUCCUUCGUCAGCGACUUCGAGGUGGAACCCUUCGGCACCUCCUGCACCCUCAACUGGGCCAAUCCUGCCAACAGUGCCCAGGUGUACAUCGUGCUGGUGGUGACGCUGGUGGUGACGCUGCCGGCGGCGGUGAUGGUGUGGUGCUACGCCAGGAUCCUGCUCCUGGUGCGCCGGAACUACCGCAACAAACUCACCACCCUCCGCAACCCUUUCACGUCCCAACGGCGCUCCGAGCUCCAGAUCACACUGGUGUCCGGGCUGGUGUGUGCAGGGUUCCUGGUGGCGUGGCUACCCUACUGCCUGGUGUCCGUCGUGACCGGCCUGAUGGGACACCAGGCUCCUGUCUACGUCACCCUGGUGCCUGUCCUGCUGGCUAAGUCCUCCUGCGCCUACAACCCCGUCAUCUACGUCUUCGUUAACGCCAGGUACAGAAAGGAGAUGCUGGGGAUCCUUCAGAAGCAUCUGAGCCCCUUGAUGUGUUGCCUGCGGGGACAGGAACGUCAUGACGAAGACGAUGACGAAGAGUCGUCCCAAGAGGUGAAGUCAGUGUACAUGACCCGCACCUACAGGGAGUCGCCCAUCCUGGAGGAGGACCUGUCCACCACCAUCGCCGUCGGCACCAGACUCCAGCGGGUCCUCGCCACCGCCGCCGACCUCACACCUGCAGCCACACUCAAUCUGGACCUUACCGCCAUCUCUGCUGGUAUCAACCUCAAGCCGGACGUCGACACCUCCGCCGCCGACCUCACCCAAACAACCAGACUAAAGCCGGACCUCACCAUCACAAGUGCCAGCCUCCCACCGGACCUCACUACCACCCUUGCGAGCCACAGCCUCCAGCCGGACCUCCAAGGGAGCGUGGCCGCACCUCUCAGCAACUGACCAGGUUCCUGGCCGCGCCCAGCACAUGUAGUAGGAAAGGCAGGUCUGGGGGCGGGUACACCGCUCUCCUGGACGGUCCUCUGCUCGUUAACAUUAUGAAGACUUCCAAUUGUGAUGCCUCAAUCAAGAAUUGUCCUUACGACCAGUCUACAGACUAAAGUUUUCUUCAAGUGGUGUCAUGGAUUUCUCGUCACCUGUACACAUACACGCACGCACAUCUUCAUUCUCAAGGCUUCAAACACAUAAGUGUCCUAGUGAUGACAAUGAUCUAAAACUCAAUUAUUUUGAAAUUCAGUAUUCCCCUUGAGCGCAGUUUCCGUCCAGGUCAGUGGACUAGAGAGCUGUACCAUCAACACCCUCGUAGCUACAUGUUCUUACUCCUUCAGACACCCUACGAGAGUCGGCCAUAACAGAGCUCUCCGGUAGACGAGGUAGAAUAACGAGUGACAGAGGGACCGGCUGAGGUCUCCAGGAAGGGGGGCUAGUGUGUCACCGUCAGCCUCCAGCUACUCUGCUCCGGACACUGAUAACCAUGAAUUUGUUUCCUUCCUCACUGGUCAAAAAGAAUUCGUGCAGUUUGGUCCACGGUGCUCCAGCUGUCGUAGCAAUAUUAGCAGCAAAAGCGGACCCUCCGCAGUUCCUCCUUCAUAAAUCCGUCGCCAAGACGCACACACACUAACAAAAUGUCCCCUAGUUUUGGCAAGACUCGAGGCGACGUACCAUCCGGGUCAUCUUGGUGCUUAAUGUCCGUAGAGCUUCGUCAACUUAGUUUAGAGAAGGGGGAGGAAAAAGAAAAUGGGAUGCAAGCUCCCAGACCAAUGAAUGACGAUCUUGACGAUUAGUCCAGCCAUAAGGAUGAGCCAUGCACGCGGAGGCAAGUCACAGCACGGAAAGUCAUGAUAACCAUCCCUCGACCCUCGAGGUACGACCCUUCCCCCCGACACCCCUCCCAACUACCCUCUCCUCCUUCAUCAACCCUCCAACCCCUCCUCUUCUAAAGUUAAAACGUAAAGAUGAAGCGAAAUUUUAAAGACGUUGAGGAAUGUGAAGAGAAGAUCCCAUCGGAAUAGGGUCAAAAUAACUAUUGUGCGAGAGAUCAGUAAAAGGAAAUGGCUGGAGAAUCUAGGAAGUACAUGUGACCACCGACACGUGCAGGACAUGUUCGUCUAAACUAGUAUUCUAGUCUAGAAGUUAGACUAGUUCUUCUAGACUUCUAGACGCCAGGAGUAGACAGGUUGAACGUCAUUUCUCACCGAGGAUCAGAAGAAUACAACCGAGGCUCGUCCCUGUGGUGGGCACUACAGCCUCCAAGAGUGAGAGAGAUGAUCUCAUCUUUAGACGAAGACAAUUACGUAUACAUCUUACUCUUCUUCUGAAUAUUUGUGAACUGUGUGAAGCGUUUUAAGCCAGUAUGGAUUUGGUUGGACCCACGAAACUGGCUUUGACAGUCUACCUCUGACCCUUCUCAAUACGCAUUUCAAUUCAAUUUCUUUAUUGUGCACCCCAUACCCAUCCCGUGGGCGGUGGUGGAAAGGGUUACAGAGGAACAUAAUGGGUUCAGGAAC